AUGGCUGCCGGACUUUUGAAUAUUUCUCCUUCGGCUAAAUGGACAGGCAAUGCAACCACAGUUGCAGGAUCGCCAACCGGUGGAUCUGGAUCAACGCCAUCGUUACUAAAUUCUAAUUAUGGGAUACGUAUUACGGACGAUAAUACUUUAUACAUUACGGAUAGAAACAAUCAUCGAAUUGUUGUUAUCUUUCCGAACUCGACCAUAGCUGGAGCAAUAAUUGGCAGUGGUUAUGGUACUGGCCUAACUCAAAUGAAUUAUCCAUCCGAUAUUUUCGUCACAAGCGAUGGAAUAUAUGUGCUCGAUACUCUCAAUUAUCGCGUUCUGAAAUGGUGGGAAAAUGGAACUAAUACGACUAUUGUGGCAGGAACCACUGGUAUUGUGGGCAGUACAUCAAGUAAUGCAACGUUUUCUACAAGCUACGGAUUAUUUGUCGAUGACUUCAGUUAUGUUUAUGUCAGUGAUGGAGCGAAUUAUCGAGUGAUGCGAUUUCCACCAAAUUCAACGAGUGGUACAACAGGAAGUACAUUAGCUGGAACAGGAUUCGCCGGGUACGGACGUCAAGGGUUUGAUAGCCCGCGUGGCAUCUUUGUCGAUAGCAAUCGAGCAUUGUACGUAGUGGAUACCAAUAAUCACCGAAUUCAAAAAUGGAAUUUCGAAGUUUGCUAUGGUGUGACUGUGGCGGGAACCGGAUAUAGCGGCAAUAGUCUCGGCCAACUUCAAAAUCCGAGUUCCGUUGUUGUCGACAGCAAUGGAUACAUGUAUAUAACUGAUCAGAAUAAUCAUCGAAUUCUUCGUUGGGCACCAGAUGCAUGUCUUGGGGAAUGCAUUGCAGGUUGUUCAAUGACUGCUGGAACAAGAGCUGAUCAAUUGUAUUAUCCAUUCAGUGUAGCAUUCGAUAGUCAAGGUUCACUUUACGUUAGUGAUACAUCUAAUAAUCGAGUGCAGAAAUUUUCAAUACUUAACAAUACUGAAGCCGUACUCGUGCCUACUGCUCAAUGGGCACUCAAUGCAACCACAGUUGCAGGAUCGCCAACCGGUGGAUCUGGAUCAACGCCAUCGUUCCUAAAUUCUAAUUAUGGGAUACGUAUUACGGACGAUAAUACUUUAUACAUUGCGGAUAGAAACAAUCAUCGAAUUGUUGUUAUCUUUCCGAACUCGACCAUAGCUGGCGCAAUAAUUGGCAGUGGUUAUGGUACUGGUCUAACUCAAAUGAAUUAUCCAUCCGAUAUUUUCGUCACAAGCGAUGGAAUAUAUGUACUCGAUUCUUCAAACUAUCGUAUUCUAAAGUUGCAGAAAAAUGGGACUAACCCAACUAUUGUGGCAGGGAUCACUGGUAUGGCAGGUAGUACAUCGAGUUACAAUACAUUUGGUACAAGCUAUCAGAUGUUCGUUGACAUUUACGGUAAUAUCUAUGUAAGUGAUCAAGCAAACCAUCGAGUGCUACGUUUUCCACCGAAUUCAUCGAAUGGUACGAAUGCGGACAUAGCAGCGGGGAUAGGAACAUCUGGGUAUGGUCCUAGUCAACUCAAUACUCCAUAUGGCAUAUUUGUUGAUAGUGCUCGUACAUUAUACAUCGCUGAUACGAAUAAUCAUCGUAUUCAACGCUGGAAAUUCAAUGCUUGUUCGGGUAUCACUGUUGCCGGUCGAGCAGGUCAAGCAGGUACCGCAUUGUAUUUGCUGCAAUAUCCUACAUCGGUGGUUGUUGAUAUCAAUGGAUACAUGUAUAUCUGUGAUAAAAAUAAUAAUCGAGUUCUUCGUUGGACACCAGAUGCGUGUCUUGGGGAAUGUAUUAGUGGUUGUACGAUGACUACGGGAACGAGAGCUGAUCAGUUAUAUUUUCCAUUCAGUAUAACAUUCGAUAGUCAAGGUUCACUUUAUGUUAGUGAUACAUCAAACAAUCGAGUUCAGAAAUUUCGCGUACUCAACAAUAUCUGUGAGUAUUAUGUAGCAUAG